UCUUGAGAUUGCUCUGGGGCCGCUGGCACCUUUGGCGCCGCCCAGGGGAGUCCCUGGGGUUUCUAGGAUUGGGUUCUCUGGGCACUCACUGGGAUCUUGGGGACUCAUUUGGAAUCUACAAACUGGGAGGUCAGAGCUCGGCGCACCAAGAUAAAUAACUCUGCUCUUGGGGUGGUGCUCACCAAGUGCGGAGACUUGCAAAUGCCCCAGGCUUUCUUUUGCUGGACUCUCAGAAUGGUGGCUGGAGGAUGUGGGGCUACCCUGUUCCUCCCCGGGGGAUUGGUCUGGGGACAUGGCCUCCGGGAAGGCCCUCUCAGCCUCUCCCAUUACUCUUUGGACCUGUCCUCAAUCUAGGGGUACCAGGAGGGGGCCGAGCUCUUAGGGGGACCUCGCGCCAGAGCCGUGGGGCUGAGUUGGAAAGAAGUCUGAGCUGCCGCUGCCUCUUCCUCCUUGGUCUCCGGCAGGGGGAGAAGCGAGCAGACAUCCAGCUGAAUAGCUUCGGCUUCUACACCAAUGGCUCCCUGGAGGUGGACCUGAGCCUCCUGCGUCUGGGCCUCCAGGAGACAGAAGAGAAGGCCCCGCUGGUGGGGUUCAGUCUGACUCGGGUUCGAUCUGGCAGUGUUCGAUCCUACUCAACCCGGGACCCCCACGACUGUCCUCUCUGGAAAAACAGUAGCAACCUCCUGGUUCUCUUCCUCAUCAACACCAAGGAUCUGCGGGUCCAGGUGAGGAAGUAUGGAGAGCAAAAGAAGCUGUUCAUCUCUCCUGGGCUCCUCCCCGAAGCACCUUCUGAACCAGGGCCCUCAAAUCCAGUGCACACCGUCACCCCUAACGUGGACAGCGGGGCCACCACUACGCUUGACAAGGCCAAGUCGAAACCCACAGUGUCCCAGGGAGAUCAGCAGGGCCCCAGUGGGAAGGACAAGGAACUGAUCCUGGGUCUCGGGCAUCUCAACAACUCCUACAACUUCAGCUUCCACGUCGUGAUCGGCUCUCAGGCGGAGGAAGGCCAGUACAACCUCAAUUUCCACAACUGUUACAACUCCAGGCCGGGCCAGGAGCAGCCGUUUGACAUCACGGUCAUGAUCCGGGAGAAGAACCCUGAGGGCUUCCUGUCAGCGGCAGAAAUUCCCCUUUUCAAGCUGUAUAUGGUCAUGUCUGCCUGCUUCCUGGCUGCUGGCAUCUUCUGGGUGUCCCUUCUCUGCAGGAACACGUACAACGUCUUCAAGAUCCAUUGGCUGAUGGCAGCCCUGGCUUUCACCAAGAGCAUCUCCCUCCUCUUCCACAGUAUCAACUAUUACUUCAUCAACAGCCAGGGUCACCCCCUCGAAGGCCUCGCUGUCAUGCACUACAUCACACACCUGCUGAAGGGCGCUCUCCUCUUCAUCACCAUCGCCUUGAUCGGCUCUGGCUGGGCCUUUGUCAAGUACGUCCUGUCAGACAAGGAAAAGAAAAUCUUUGGGAUCGUGAUUCCCCUGCAGGUCCUGGCCAACGUGGCCUACAUCGUCAUUGAGUCCCGUGAGGAGGGCGCCAGCGACUACAGGCUCUGGAAGGAGACCCUCUUCCUGGUGGACCUCAUCUGCUGUGGCGCCAUUCUCUUCCCUGUGGUCUGGUCUAUCCGGCAUCUCCAGGAUGCAUCGGGCACUGAUGGAAAGGUGGCAGUGAACCUGGCCAAGCUGAAGCUGUUUCGGCAUUACUAUGUCAUGAUCAUCUGUUACGUCUAUUUCACGAGGAUCAUCGCCAUCCUGCUGCGGGUGGCCGUGCCCUUCCAGUGGCAGUGGCUGUACCAGCUCUUGGUGGAAGGCUCCACUCUGGCCUUCUUCGUGCUCACUGGCUACAAGUUCCAGCCUGCAGGCAACAACCCAUACCUGCAGCUGCCCCAGGAGGACGAGGAAGACGUGCAAAUGGAGCAACUAAUGACCAAUUCUGGGUUCCGGGAAGGCCUGUCCAAAGUCAACAAAACAGCUAGCGGGCGGGAGCUAUUGUGAUCAUCCCGGCAUCUGGGACCAGCCCUCCGUCCCCCGCCUGCUCCCACCCGCUCCACACACACAUUCCUCACUCCUGCGGGCUCCCAAAGCGCCAGGAGCAGGAGGAGGAGGGCGCCCGGGGCGCAUGCUGCGCCUGGCUCCCUGAGCCUUGAGUCCCCAGAGCCCAUUCAGAAGAGAGCCCCCCCUCUUCCCCCAAGUAUUGGGCAAUCCUGUCCCCGCCCCGGAGCCAUCUGCCGCUUGCAGUUGCACAAUAAUGACCGAUCUGUUUUGCUA